AUACGUAUCUAGUGCCUAUGCCUGGAACGGUGUGAAAACACCUGAACUGGUCAAGUCUUUAGAGUUUGGGUGUCCAGCUAUCUGGGGACAGUCCAGUCUCUCCCACUGCCUGUCCUUGGGACUGGUGACUUGGUCUCUGGACCGAGACGCCCAUGUUGAAUUCUCCCGUUGGACGUGCCAGAGUCAGCUGCUCAUCCUCAUGUCUCAGCCAGCUUCUCCAGAGCUGACUGCUAGUCCCAUUCCUUCAACCAUUUGUGAGCUGGAGAGUCUGUUCAUGCAACGCCAACACACGGCGGACUCACUUAAGUGUCUCUACAGGUUUGGAUACGAUCCCACCCUGCAACCAUACAGGGAAGCUGUGCUAGUUGAGCAAAACUUUGAUGUCAAUAACCGCAGACCAGUAAUGAUUGUAGUUGAAUACAUGGAGAAUGGAUCCCUUGACUCCUUUCUGCGGAAGCAUGAUGGCCACUUCACAGUGAUCCAGCUGGUUGGCAUGCUGCGGGGGAUUGCAUCUGGCAUGAAGUACCUCUCAGACAUGGGCUAUGUACACCGUGAUCUGGCAGCCCGAAAUAUCUUGGUCAACAGUAACCUCAUGUGUAAAGUCUCUGAUUUUGGUUUGUCACGAGUGUUAGAGGAUGAUCCUGAAGCUGCUUACACAACAAGCUGCCUAGGUGGAAAAAUCCCCAUAAGGUGGACUGCUCCUGAAGCUAUAGCUUACCGGAAGUUCUCUUCAGCAAGCGACGCAUGGAGUUACGGGAUUGUAAUGUGGGAGGUGAUGUCCUAUGGUGAGAGACCAUACUGGGAAAUGUCCAACCAGGAUGUUAUACUGUCCAUUGAAGAAGGCUACAGGCUUCCAGCUCCCAUGGGCUGCCCAGCUUCUCUUCACCAACUAAUGCUUCACUGCUGGCAAAAGGAGAGGAACCACCGUCCAAAAUUUAGUGACAUUGUCAGCUUCCUAGACAAACUGAUCCGCAAUCCAAGCACCCUUCAUACCCUUGUGGAGGACGUACUUGU